GUCUGUUCAUCGCUCCCGCACUUCGAAUUUUGAUUGGUGAUUGUUCGCAUCGGAAUAUUUCAGGAGGUCGUCAAGAUUGCGCAGUCGCCCUUUGGCUAUCGGCUCUCCCACGGGCGAGUAAUCACUGAGUCCUGCAUCGACAAGCACCCAGUCUUGGCACGAUGCAUCAUCGACGUCACUAUCCCUCCGUCUCUGACGCUCGGAGCCGUCAACGUCAAGGAGAUGAAGAGGAUCAUAACGAGCAGCAACGUCUCGCGGAAAGGAGUCCUUCCAGACCUCACGCUGCUUUUGAGGGCAGUCCCGCUCCAGCACCGCAUCAGCAGCAGCAGCAGCCCAGAGGAUCAUUUCCAAGUGCUCCGCUCUCCACCUUUCUCCAUUCGCCUUCGAGCGGCAAUGCUUUGGAUCAUGUUACCCUUCCCAGGAUUAUCUCGCCACCGGAAACUCGAGGACAGCAGCUCAACGCGGAUCUGGCCAGAGAUUCAGCGUUGCACCAUUCGUCUCGCGAUGAAGAUGCACGUCAAAGAUUAGCAUCUUUGCGCCACGAGGCGGAUGCAAGGAAGGAUGCAGAAGCGUUCAAUCACGGCCACUCGUCUCGCUGGGCUGUCGGAGCUGGGUCCCCUUUAUUGCACGAUCACCAACGCCUCCCAGCUCACGAAGAGCGUGCAUUCCCAAACAGAGAAGCACGAGAUGGGUAUGGCGGUGGAUCGCGUCGGAGAGAGCCGAAUGUCGAAGACUCACGAGCGUUCUCUGCAAGUAGAGGCUCAGACACGCAGCUCCGCAGCAAUGCUUCCGUUCUGCGAGAGGCCGCGAGCUCAAUUGCGGCAAAGCCCACGAUGACGAGCCGGACAGUCGAAGCGACAAGGACAGCUUCUUCGGAUGUUUUGGCACCCGUCCAGCGAGGUCCUCGCGGCUCGUACGCGGCUCGAACUUGCACGCAGUGCAGGAAGCGCAAAGCAAAGUGCAAUUUGCCUGAACAGGUCUUGCUCGCAGACACAGUGUCCACUACAGAGCCCCUGCCCGAGCAUCUGAGAUGCGUCAGGUGCGCCAAUAUGAACUUGACCUGCUUGGUGUACGAAAAGAAUGCGCGGGGCAAGCGGAAGCGCGUCGUGGACGUCGAGCAGGACGAGAAGAGAAAUACCAACAAAAAGUCGGGUGCGAGCACGCGAAGGACCUCAGGUGUACCUUUGGUGCUGCCAGAAGAUGAUGGCGACUCUGUCAGUCUGGAAGAGGACGAAGAUGAAUCGCAGGUGGAGAUGCGAUCCCCAACUCGCUUUCAAGCGACUGUAUCUGCCAAUCGCGACCCUGCAAACUAUCCUUCGUCUCGCGAGAAGCUCAACGCGAGCAGCGGGAAAGAGGUGCAGCAAAGCUCAGCAAUUGCACAAGCACAGGCGCGCACAAAUACUGCGUCAGGCAGCUUGACAUUGGAUGGGCGCGAUGCCGCCAGGGCAGUCCAAAAUCUCGUGUCUUCGGCACAAGUCAAGUCUGAGAGCAUGAACAUCUCUCCCCACAAGAGAUCACCCUCUCCAACUACGCGCGCCUCGGUCGAGCAAUUGCAAAUCUUUUUGCCGAACAACAUUAGUCCUGGAUUCACGGCUGGCGCACAGCUCGCCAUGCGCCCAUUGUCCCUUCUCGCACAAUACUUGGUGAAGAACAAGAGCUUUGCCACCAAGCAAAAGUUUGAGACAGACUGGGAUGGCGAAGCUCAGAAAUUCGAAGCUGAGCAGGAUUCUCCAGACGUGUUGGACGUUGUCAGCGAAAAGCUCAGUCGGAGGUUGACGCCUUGGGCCAACGCGUACAUCCUUUGGCAUCCGCACCUUCCUACCCUGUCUGAGCUGCGCACCCGGCACUCUUCAACGCCUACCACUUCGAGCUCGCUACUGCUGUCUCUACUGUACUUGCUCACACUACCAAGGCUGGAACCUCAGCCUUCCUCUCCUGGAAAGACAUCACACAUCCUAAUUCUGCUCAGUGCAGCUGUCAGAAGAGAUCUCACUCUGGUCAUGAUGGGCACAAGACCAGACAUUUUGUCCGUCCAGGCUUUGGAGCUCCUCUCAGCGCAUGCGCCUCUGGCUCCAUUGGAGCGCCUGUCUAGGAGGGCGCCCAGAAGUCCAGAGCCUUUCACUGGAAGAGGAUUACUCGUCGUCGCCCAGCGCAUCGCUCAGGCCCUCAACUUACCUGCUGCUCCUGCUCGGGCCGCCGAGAUGCUAGCGAGUCACUUCUCGGCUUCCCGCGAAAUGUCUGAAAGAGCGCAACCGGACUCUGUGAGUCGAAGGCGCAACGAACGGCCAAGGAAGAGCACGGAUGACGACAGUGAUGCCAGCAGUGAGGACAUGGACGAUAAUGAGUCUGCAGAUGAACAUCGAGAGGUAGAGCAGGAUGAGACGUCUGGAAAGCGUGCUUGCGUGCCCAAACAAGGAGCGCCAUCCUCCACCGCCCAAAAACAGGCCAUGCAUGAAGCCAUCGUGUGGCACAGUCUAGCCUGCUGGAGCGCCGCGAUGGCCUUUGAUGACGAAAUGGUAUCUCCACCCGCAUCCUUACUCACGGAUCCCAACGACGAAUUCGAGCUGCACAGCGAGCCGGGCGCAUCGACGGAUGAGAUUGAGAGCUUGAGGAAUGCCGGAAGAGUCGUCAUGCGCUCGAGGUUCUUGACGCUGAAACAGCUCUACGACAAGUGGCGCAAGAUGGACGGGAGUAUGAACAGGCAAGAGGCCAAGAGGUCAUCGAGCGAGAGGACAUCAUUUGCGACUAGGGCUUUGAUGGAAUUCAAUACGGAUCUCAAAGAGGCCGAUGCGCAGACCAAGCGGGAUUUGGCGCCGUUCUUGGAAAGCAGAUCCGUCGAUGUGCUGGUUCGAUGGCUCAGUAUCGAUCAACAGCAGAGGCAGUACCUGCUGCUUUCUAUGGCGUUCAUCUACGUGAUCUACGGCAGGCCGGUCAGCGAGUGGCACAUGGCUGGUCCGGUCGACAUUCUUCGCCAAGUACACGGUAAUCCUUCGACUGGAAAAUUUUGUAGAGAAAGAUCCAACCUUCACGGAGAACAAAUUCAGCGCAUCUUGUCUGCGUUUACAGAUUUGGCUUGUCUUGGUCAUACAUCGGAUAAUACGGCUUCUAGGCAACCACGCUCGGCAUCAAGACAUCAGAAGGAUUCGGCUGCACGACGUUUCGUGUCUGCUCAAAGAUCUCGUGGGUCUUCGAGCCUCACGGCUGACGGCUCACUUACUUCGGAGGCAGAGACGGACGAAGAGGGAACAAGCGUUGAAGAGCUUCAAGUCGGUGCAGCGCACGCCGUCGGUGCGAUCCCGGUCAUGUGGACAUGCGCUUCCAUCGUGAAUGUGGCCAAAGGAGAAGUCGAGAAACGCGCGGCAACGCUGAUGGGGUGGCGAGCCAUGAAUCCAGGAGCAGGAGUCCAGAUCGCCCUCUUAAGGCUUACAGCUAGAUGCUUGAGGGAGAUGGAACCGAGGGUGAGGAGGGGAGAGUUGUCUUCGGAUGAAGCUUGCAAGAUGGGCAGCGUGUGGGCUGCUGCUGCUGGACUCAUUUCUGACGCGGCACAGAGUAUCGCGGACUGGAAAGGCCUCAUAGAAAGCAACCACAUUCAGCGGUCCAAAAAUUUCAUCGUCGCACCCCCCAGUGCGAAUGGCGCCAAGGACAAGGAUAGUGCGGAGGCUACAGACAAGCACGGCCAGGAUGCGAACACUAGCAGAAAGGCGGCCUUGCCAGCGCUGCCCCUUUUCGGUCUCGGACCUUCGAGCGGCGUGCCACCAAGUCAUGCGGGCGGAGCUCCAUCGGCAAAUCAUCACAAUGUCGGAUCGAGCGUGCCGUCGUCUGGCAUGAUGUCUGGAGGAUUCGAUCCCUUUCCGCCCGGACUAGGUUUCGGGCUGGGCGGCGAAGGCGUCAAUUCGCUCUUAGCUGGAGGCGGGCUGAUGACGGAUCUGAUGAUGUCUAGCGCUGCAGGAUGGGGGCUAGGAGGAGCAAUGACGAAUGCUGGCGCUGGUGAUUCGGGGAACACUUCACAGGUAGACGUAAUCAGCGCCAUGAUGAGCACAAGCAAUGGCGGUGGAGGUCUCAAUGCCCUUGCUAACUUCUUCAAUGGUGGAGCAGGAGCUCAGGGCGGACUCUCGGCAAACUCACGAGCUGCUUCGAGCGCAUUGACGGGCCGACAUCAGCAAGCCAACGCGGAAGGUAAUGGCGCUUCGGGAGUGCAGUCUUGGAGCGAUAUGCUUGCCAUCUUUGGCGGAGACGAUGAGAGCUUAGCUCGGAGCACCAAUCCAAACGCACCUUUUGAUUGGGCUACAUUUGCAGGCUGGAAAGCCGAAGAUGGCACGGAUCGAUGAGCCACCGCUUUGCAAGUAGACCAAAUGCAUGGAUGUAAUGUACACUGG